AUGAUGGAAAAACGCGUCAGAAGUGCAAUGGAAUCUUCACAAGAGACCUGGAAUCAGACCCAGGAAGCGGCAGAGAGUGCGUUUGUUGAGUCUUUGAGGAUACUCACCAUGCUUGUGGAAUACUGCACGGAGUCUCUCGGGAAGUAUAUCGAGUCACUCGAGUCUCGGGCAGCAACCUUGACAAAGAAAGUGAGGGUCUUGUCUGUUGAUGAUGUAGUCACCCAGAUCCCUCUGAUUAGGGAGAAGGUUCUCGAAAACCAGAACGGACCAAGUUCAAGACGGGGCACAGGCAUCUCACAAAACCCAGCUCAACACUCGCCCUUACAGACAUUAAAGCGAAGAUUCAGCAGCUUUUCUCAGAGUUUCCGAAUUAGAAAUGAUACACAGCCGGUACAACAACCAAAGCCAGAGGCGACCAGGAUCAGAGAUGUGAAGCUUGAGGAUAUUUUCACUUAUGAAGAACUCAAAAAGCUCCAUGCAUUGGCUUCAGACGUAGAGAAAACAACGAUGGUCUUCGAGCAAAACAAAAGGGUCCUGUCAGAGCUAACAUCAACCUACAAGGACUUGAUAUGUUCCAAUGGUUUGAAGAAACACCUUGACCUAGCAAGCUGCGAGCAAGAGGUCCUGUACUUCUUCCAGCAAGUCCGGAACGUUACAAGCGAUUUAGAAAACUACACCUCGAGAGUGCUCACAUUGCUUCACAAAUUGGAGAAAGACGAGAACAUGUUCAACGGCAUCCUGCAGUACCAAAGUAUGCAAACGGGCGAAUACUUUGCUGCAUCGGCCCAGAAGUCUGCGCGCGAAAUGGAAGCGUGGACGGAGAGGAUGCACGAACUUGCGAUUGACACCAAAAAGGAGACGGUUUCCAUGCAUGCAAUCACGAUUCUGACAUUGGUCUUCUUGCCCCCCACUUUCGUUGCAGUGAGAUACUACGGCAUGCCCUUUCUGCGCCGACUGGACAUGUCUGUUCUGACAAAAAGCCAGGCAUUCUUCAGCAGCAACAUCCUUGACUUCAAAGACAGUAAGGGCGGUUGGAACGAGUGGACCACAAACACCUCUGGACUGAAGCUCUUCUUCGUUAUCUGCAUCCCCAUGACGGUUGUCACUUUGACGAGCUGGCUGCUGUGGUCCAGGGCUGCCAAGCAACGUCGAGGGCGAGGUGAUCCGGAGCAAGCUACCGCCCUGUCCAGGGAUAAUUCUAAGAAAACCGCAUCGUGGCAGGCACCAGUCGUCGCACCACUUAGUUUCAAGGUUCUGCGAGCCAACCACAUGAGAGGUGAUAGAAGGCAGGCACUGCGGCGGCACGUCAAUAUCGAAGAUCUGCAUUUGAUGAACGGCCUUAGCGGCCAGGAUGCAAUUCAGCAAGCCGGAAUCAGCGUCGGUUUCCACCUUCCAGUGGACCCUCAUCUCGCACGAGCAACCAAAUCAUCUCGGGAUAUGGCGACGCAGGCCAUGCAGGCGAGUCUGGACGUGCAGUCGUCAACAUCAACGGUAAAAUUCAUCAAUUACGUCGACAGUCAUUCUCGCAACUAUCCCGGCAUCAAUGGUCUAGGUCAACAAUGCCGCUACAUCCCCUACGUUCUGCUCAGGAAGUACUGGACCCGAAACGAGAUUAGCAAAGUGUUGCAAAAGCACGGGAUAUCAGUGGAGACAACAGUUGUCGAGGAGGACAUCGCGCUCUUCUCCAUGCUUGUCUACAAGCAAGUGGUCGCCUAUUACCACCAACUUGUCGCACAUAACAUUCGUGAACACUACUUUCCGUUCUCAUCACCUGUCCUACCAGCUCCUUUUGAUACGAAAGGACACAGCGACUUCUGCAAUAUGCUGAGGAGUAGUCAGUGGCUGUUCUUUCCAGUGCGCCCGAAUCACGACACCUUUUCCGACACCGAGCUCCAGCCCCAAAAGAUAUGGCCUUUCGAAGGAGGUUCGAAGCGGCUGUUGAAAGAGAACAAAAAUGAAGGCACCAAGAUCUUCAGGGUCACGGUUGAUCCAGACAGUUAUGAUCCUUGCAAUGCAAACGGUAUUCCCCGUCAUAUGGUGAUCAAAACCUACACGAAACGGUCCUACUACCUGAAUGAACGAAAGCUCUUCAUACUAUUGAAAGAGCAGAACAAGACCAACGAACAUAUAAUUGGGUACUACGGGUCGUUCCAACAGAAUGACACGUACAAUCUUAUGCUGGAAUUGGCCAAUUUUCACAGCCUGGCCGACUACCUGGCUAAGGUUCGUCGACCUGCCAACCUGGCUGAGAUUCAACUGUUCUGGGUCAGCAUGUCUGGCCUUUUGAUUGGUCUACAAGGGGUCCAUCAGAUCAGCAUUUCUGAUGGCAACCACGAAGAAAGCAAAUAUAGCGGUGCCCACGAAGACAUCAAACCCGACAACAUCCUGCUUAGCAAGAAAUCAUCAGCUUCAGACUAUGAAUUCAUUGCCAAGCUGGCCGACUUCGGAUUGAGUGAUGUUCAGCUUGUUGAAGCCCAUGAUGGCACGCAAAUGAUUCGAGAUCUUCACGGCAACCAGUACUGGAGUGCCCCUGAAGCAAGCCAUCAUCGCGCAUUCCACACUGAUGAUAGGUGGUACACUCACAAAGCCGACAUCUUUUCUCUGGGGUGUAUCUUCAGCGUGUGCGCUGUGUGGCUAGCAUUCGGCAAUGAUGGAAUACGAGAGUACCACGACCUCCGAGUCCAUGGCCAAUCAGACCUUGACCCUGGAAAGAAAGGUCUCAGAGGUUGCUUCCACAACGGUGUGGACCGUCUUCCAGCAGUGGGCCAGAUGCACGAUCGAGUUAUUGCUUACUGUAACUCGUUCAACGACACCAUCACCCCGCGUCUUUUGCAAGUUGUAGAGGAGGAUAUGCUCGUCGACAAGAGAAAGCGGGACGACCCUAAGUCUAUCUACGAGAAAUUUUACAACAUCUUCCAUCUUUCCACGCCACCUUCUGACAACACGCUGCCGCCUGUCACCAGACCCGUUCCCCAUCUGUCACUUGAUACCGGAGGCUCUCUGUCGGCUGACCUGCCCAUCGAUGGGUACCCUCGUCGGCAGAGUGCUCCUUGUAUGGAGCUUCCGUUCAGGUCGAUCCAUUCGACAGGUGCCACAGACCAACCUUCAUCUGCACAACAGGCCGGGCCAUACCCAAGCCCUUCGUCAAUAACCUUACUACCGGUGGCGCCAUCAACGCCGAGAAUACAAGUUACCCCAAGUGAAUCCUUCUCAUUCCCAGAUCGCAACCCCCAAGCCCCAAUGUCCAUGCCGGAACAAACUUCUCCGCAGAGGAGAUUCUUCGAGGUCUCCUCUCCAACCGAAAGAGCACGUCGGCCGUCAGUGGAGAGGACCCCUUCCAAUAUUACUGUUAGGCAGGCUAGGGAUUGGAUCAAAGCAAAGAAAAGCCGCGGGCAGCUGUCGGUCAACUCGGACACUGACAGAGCGGUUCACAAGAUCUUCGAGACGGUAUCACAUCGAAAUUACCUCUUCUUCAUCGAUGACACCGAGACCAUGUGCCAGUACAAAGCCGAGGUCGAUCAUCUAUUCUACACCCUCGCGCACAUCGCCAAGCGCAUGGACCCAGAGGGUGGAGUUGAGCUUGCGUUCGCCUCCGACUUUGGCAAAGGUGCGCCUCCACGUGUCUACGAAGAAAAGCACGCCACACCUCUACUCCGGGCUUUACUGAAGUGCAACUACGAUCAGGAUGUGGAAUACACAGAAAGAAGCAUGGGUUGUUUGGUCCAGAGAAUACUUCUCAAGCUCAACGGCGACGGUAGUCGACGCGCCUCUUGGCUCUCAAGCUCCAAGAAGCAUCCGAUCAGCAUCUUCAUCUUCACCGACGGAUGCUGGGAUCUGACAAAUGUAGAGCCAAAGGCAGCUGGGGUGGAGGACCCGUUUAUAAGGCUCGUGAAGGCGGUGAAGGACAGCCCCUUCGGUCGCGACCAUGUCAUGGUGCAAUUCAUACGAUUUGGCGACGAUGAGCAUGGCAAGCGUCGUCUCGAGUACCUUGAUGACCUGGGAAAGGGGGCACCUUACGAGUGUGAUAUCAUUGACACCAAGCCCGCAACUGGGUACAUCAACAGCAUGUUCACCGGCAGCAUCACUCGAGCCAACGACAGAGUUGGAGAGAGUGAAAGAUGA